GGCGCAAUCCAAGGGCGCCAGGGUCGUACUUCCAUCUUACCCACCAAAAUAUUUAAAAUACUUAAAACAAAGGCCCCGAUUGCAUCUCGUUCUGACCGCUCGGCCUCCAAAUUUCCCUCCCUAGAGCCGUUUGGUGAGCGACAAAGCUUAUAGAGGGAGAGAAAGAGAGAUAGAUAUGACUGAAAGUCAAGGAACAGGCGAUAAAAUGGCUACCGAGCAUAAGAGAGACCGAAGAAACGUCCUUGCCUUUACCGGAGCAGCUGCUUUGCUCGCUCUUGCUGUCAACCUCGCUAUCUCCGCCUUCAACUCCCACAAGAAGAAGACUAAGAAGAAUAAAGAUCUUCCGGGCUCUAAUGUUUGUGUCAAUCUCUCGGCGUCGGAGAUUCGCAGAUUAGCUGACCGAAUCAUUGCGAACUCUAAAUCAGUUCAUGAUAGAGUUGCUUCUGUUCCUCUCGACAAGGUCACGUACAAGAAUGUUGUUUCCCCUCUGGCAGAAUUAGAGGCACGACACUUCCCGCUGAUGCAGUCUUGCUUGUUUGCGAAGUUGGUGUCCACUUCAGAUGAUGUGCGCAAAGCAAGUGCUGAAGCUGAGCGAAGAAUAGAUGGUCAUGUUCUGAUGUGCAGCAAGCGUGAAGAUGUAUACCGAGUCAUCAAAGCCAUUGCUGCAAGGGGGGAAUGGAUGAAUGCUGAAGCUAAACACUACAUUCAGAGCCUGGUUAGAGACUUUGAGCGGAAUGGUUUGAGCAUUACUGUGACAAAGAGAGAGGAAAUGCAUCGGUUGAGAGCUCAAAUAGAUGAGCUAAGCUUGCAAUAUAUAAAAAAUCUGAAUGAUGAUAGUACUUUUCUUCUCUUCAGUGAGGCUGAGUUAGCUGGUUUACCUCCAGAUUUCCUUAAGGGCUUAGACACAGCUGAAAAUGGUAAAUUCAAGGUCAUCCUAAAAAGUAAUUAUGUUGCGGCAGUGCUUGAACUUUGCCAGGUAGGAACUACAAGGAAAAUGGUAGCUGUGGCAUAUGGGAAGAGAUGUGGAGAAGUCAAUCUUGCCAUCUUAGAAAACUUGGUCAAACUGCGCCAUAAAUAUGCUCGCUUGCUUGGUUAUUCAAACUAUGCAGACUAUGCCGUGGAUCUUAGAAUGGCUAAGACACCCUCAAAGGUAUUUGAUUUCCUAGAGGACAUCUCAGUCAAUUUAACCAACUUGGCUAAUAAAGAACUUAAUAUGAUGAAGGACUUAAAGAAGAAAGAGGAAGGUGAUAUUCCAUUCGGAAUUGAGGAUCUAUUAUACUAUGCAAAGAGGGUUGAAGAACAGAAGUUUGAUCUUGACUUCGGAGCUCUUAAGCAAUACUUUCCUGUCAAUUUGGUUUUGUCUGGGGUCUUCAAAAUUUUUCAAGACCUUUUUGGUUUAAGGUUUGAGGAAAUUGCAGAUGCUGAGGUUUGGCAUGAUGAUGUUUGUGUUUUUUCAGUUUUUGACUUGAGUUCUGGUGAACUCUUGGGUUAUUUCUACCUAGAUCUGUACAAGAGGGAAGAAAAGUAUGGUAAUACCUGCGUGGUGGCUCUUCAAAAUGGUGCAUUAUCAGUAGAUGGUGCACGGCAGGUAGCUGUGGCACUACUGAUAUCUCAAUUUGAAAAGGACAUUGGUGGUCACCCUGGGUUGUUGCGAUUCUCAGAAGUGGUUAAUCUUUUCCAUGAAUUUGGACAUGUGGUCCAACAUAUUUGCAAUCGUGCAACCUUUGCUAGAUUUUCUGGGCUGCGUGUAGAUCCUGACUUUGUGGAGAUCCCUGCUCAGGUGCUAGAGAACUUGUGUUAUGAGGGUUUUGCUCUGAAGUUGAUAUCUGGUUUCCAUCAGGAUAUCACAAAGCCCAUCAAGGAUGAGACAUGUAGAUCACUUAAAAGAUGGCGACAUUCCUUUUCUGCACUUAAAUUGAAGCAAGAAAUUCUUUAUUGUCUUUUUGAUCAAAUUAUACAUUCUGCUGACAAUAUUGAUGUUGUUGAGUUAUUCAAACAUCUUCAUCCGAAGGUGAUGUUAGGUUUGCCGGUGUUGGAAGGAACCAAUCCAGCUUCAUGUUUUCCACGUAGUGUUAUUGGUUAUGAAGCUGCUUGUUACAGUCGUAUUUGGAGUGAGGUUUUUGCAGCUGAUAUAUUUGCCUCAAAGUUUCGCGGCGAUCCCUCAAACCAGUAUGUUGGCAUGCAGUUCAGGAACAAGGUAUUGGGCCCAGGAGGAGCAAAGGAACCUGUUGAAGUUCUGUCAGACUUUCUUGGAAGAGAACCAUCAAUUCAAGCUUUUAUCGAGAGCAAAGCCGAAUAUAGUGUGUGAUCCAAACAGUCGGUACUUUUUCUCUCCACCUAUUUCUCUGCUGCAAGAAAAAUUGACUCGGCAUCUUGCAAUUUUGUUGCCAGCAGAAAUUAGAGUUCUUACCAUGUUAUCAUUCGGGCUUUAUUGCCACUUCUUGUACUUGUUCUGGUGAUGGUUAUAUUAUUUAUAGCUGCCAUGAAUUAUUAGCAGACAUUUGCACUAAUGGAUGCUCAGGGACACUGCAUCUAACAAUUUUUAGUAGCUAGUAAAAAUAGGGGAUGUUUUA